GUACUAAACACACCAUUCUUUGAUUUUUUAAAUUUAUUGUAAAAAAAAUUAGAUAAAAUGAAUGAAACUGAGCCUAUAAUCAAGUUAGAACUAAUUUUGAACGAGUUUUACCAUCAAUCAACCUCUAACUUCAGGAAGAAAGAAAUCGAGAGAGAUUUGAGGGUUUUUCAAGAAAAUCCUGAAUCAUGGAAAAUUAUUAUCAGAAUCCUAGAAAAUUCUUCAUCCUUCAAUAAUCAGUACUUGUGGUUUUUUUCAAUCUCAACAAUUGAAUUAUGUGUCACCAAAAAAUGGAAUUCCUUAGAUUUAAAAUCCCGAACAUAUAUUCGCGAUUUUCUAUGGCUAGUGUAUUGUAACUUUUCACCCAAUAUCGGUGCAAUGCAACGAGAUAAAAUAGCCCAAAUUAUAAGUCUUAUAGGAAAAAGACAAUUUCCAGAUGAGAAUCCAGAGUUUUUAUUACAAAUUCUCAAUCUAAUUAAGUCAAAAUUCAUUCUUGGAAUAACGUUACUCAAAUCAACUUUCGCUGAAAUAAUAAGCACGAAACCAGAUGUGACAUACCAGAAAAAAAGAAAUUUCAUCCAAGGGAUGACGUUAGGCCUGAGAGAAAUUUUUCCUCUUCUUAAUAAAUUUUUGACACUCUGUGUAUGCCGUGUAAGCAACAACGAAUUAAUCUUCGGUUCUUCCGAUGAAUUUUUGAAUACUUCACUGCCAAAUGACGAUAAGUUCAUUUACUGCUGCACUGAACUACUCGUCUGCAUUUCAAGCAUUUUUUCGUGGACACCAACAAACGACACCAAUAUGACUUCUGAAUUCUUUAAUAAUAUCUUUGAGCUAUGCAUGUUCAGUGGGGAAAAAUAUGUCAGUGUUAAUAUUGCUGCUCUUAUGACAAUCAGUGAAUUGUUUUACCUUCAAAAGCCACUUCCACAGCCGCAAAUACAAGCAAAUGGAAUAACAGAACUUUUACAACAGCAUACAUUGUCUCAGUCUCUUGAUGAAUACCAAGAUAAACUUACUGAGCUCAUAAAAUUGUUCAUAACUCAACAGUGGGGACGUUGUGUCAAUUCAAAAGAUUUUCCAUCCAAGGAAUUUCUGCUUUAUUUAUUUAAUUUCACGUUUUGUGGCGGCAUUUCUGCAUUAACUUUUACAGAACGACUCUCCAUAUGGAAACCAAUCAUACAAAGUUUCAACGAGAAAUCUGCUGGAAGAUAUACGGAAACUAUUUUACAAUUGAUAUCAAACGUUUUCAAGAAAAUGCAAUUUCAGUGUUACUCAGAGCUUGAUCUUCUUGAUACUGAAGAGUUGGAUGAGAACAUGCAAACAGAACUUCAAACAUUUUUAAAUCAAUGUAUUGAAAUUAUAUCAACUGCAGCUGAAGUUGAGCCACUGAAAAUAUUUGAUCUUGUCAACAAUGAAUUUAAUCGUGAUGAUGGAAAAUUUAAAAUUUUCCUUGCCUUUGCAAAUUCUCUGCCAGAUUUCACCAAGGAAAAUACAAAAAUUCCUAUAAAUAUCGAUAAUUUGCUACGAUGCUUUACAAAUGAAACAUCUAAGGCUUUCUUCUUUCAUUGUUUGAUUCGCGAUCUCUCAACCAUUUUACAAACAAUAACACAAUUAUCAAGUAUUGUUUUACUUACGACUGAUGAACGUUCACAUUCAAUUUCAAUCGUGAUAAGAAGUUGUUUAUAUGCUUUGAAAGUGAGUAACAAAAAAAAACUCUAUUUAUAUAAUUUUGGAAACCAUCAGUCAAUCACAACUGAUCUCAUUGAGUUACAAGCUCAAAUCAUCACAUCAGUACGAAGUCUUCUAUUGUUAAGAAAUGAUGUUCUUGAAAAUUAUGAUGAGAUGUAUGGAUUAAUUGGAUCUGUAGCUCAAAUACUUCUUCCAUCUCCAUUUGGUAUCGAUGAACCAUUAGUAGUUAUUAAUUCAUCGGCUCAACUGAUGCUUACGAUAACAUCCGGAGUACGUCCUCACUACAUACUCAAACAUCCGACUGUUAUGGAGAUUUUACAGAGUGAUUUGAGUCAUCAUGCUGACAAACAUGUGCGACUGAGUAUAAAGAAAAUUGUUUUUAACUGCCUCUUACUUCCAUACAACAAAAUUGCCAUUAACCUGAUAGAGGAGCAAGAUUUCGAGAAACGAAGCCAAUUUCUUCAACAAUACAUUUCUUUUAUAAGCAACAAAUUUCUGAUGAUGGAUUUAAACAUUGAAGAUCCAAUGAUUUUGGAGCAAACUAAAACUGAAUUAGGCGAUUAUGAGGAAUUACUGGAAGUUUUUGGAGACACAAAUACAAUUUCUAAGCAAAUGCUUUUAGGUGGAAUGCAAAAAAUUAUCAACAAGUCUAUAGAACUAUUUCAGAAAUUUGGAAAGAAUCCAUUGAUUUAUGAGGAAAUUGUAAACUUUUUCCUUGGUGUCAUUAAAUGUCUGCAACUUCAGCUUGGAUCAGAUUUUGUCAUUCAAGUGAUUAAAAUGAUUCUUGAUAUGUCCUCGAUAUCCAACAAGAAUUCCCAUCCAAUGAAUAAGCUUCUUCAAAUGCUCACUUUUAUUGUUCAACAGUCGGGAUCAGCUGCUAACAUGUUAAUGUGUGAUAUCAUGAAGUUAACAUUGGAUGAAUUGUUCCCAUUAGAACGGGCGCAGACUAUUGACAUUUCGACCAACUUUUAUACUCUAUUAGAUGCAAUUUUGCAAAAUCACUGGAACUAUUUCCAUAAAAAUCCAAUAAAUUCGACAAGAAAUAAUCAGGAAGAUUUAUUAAAAAUGUUCACUGCAUAUGGACAGUUCUUAUGUAAUGGAGCAAAUAGUCAGGAUCCAAAUGUGAUAAGAAUAAUUUUAAGUUCUUUGGAGAAGCUCAACGAACUUUGGCAUUUAUACGAUAAAGUUUUCUUCAAGGAUUUCCUUCUAAAAUCAUUUCUUUGCACACUCAUUCGAUUGGUGAUUUCGGCUGCUGGUGUUCUUUUUUACGAUCAAAUAAUAUCAAUGAUUUAUCGUAUGUCUGAGAAAAGCAAAACAAUUCUUCAAGAAAGUUUCAUAUCUGUCGGCUAUCCUCCAGAAGUCAAAAUCAUCCAACAAAUAUGUGAAGCUUGUGAUCUUCCAACAUUUUCAAAUCAAAUGGAAAUUCUUAUUCAAGAUACAAUUUAUUCUCAAUUUCUUCAGUGAAAGAAAGUUUUAAUACUUUUUGAUGAAUUCCAUUCAUUCCUUAUCAUAAAAUAUUUUACUAUUUGAAUAAAUAAGAAAUGGGAGAGCAAAGUGAAAUUAGAGCAAAACAUAACUUUCGAGAUUGUCAUUUUUAAUUUCAAAAAUUUUGGUAUCUCAGAAUUGGAUUUUAUUCUAAUUAUUUAUACAAAUAUCAUUUUGUCAUAUUAUCUUAUAUGAUCCGUAUCUUAUUGAAAGAAUAAAAUAGCUAUGAAUCUCAUAUGUUAGAGAAUUUGAGACUUGUUAAAUUUCUGAAAUUCUCGAACAUCUGAAAUUUAUUUUUUCAUAGAAAGAAUUUUAAUGUAGAU